AUGAUAGCGGGCGGGAGUAUGGUGAUGACAGGAGGCCUGACAAACUGGGGACUCAGGUCCUUAGCCAACGGUCGUCACACCGUUUGGGAAUCCUUCAAGUCUCGACAGGAAGCCAUCACUGCAGGGACCUUGAUGCGAGCUCUGAGAGGAGAGAACUCGACUCAUCAUAGUGGAGCAGAUCUCAAUGCAACCUUGACCCAGAUGACUAAAAGCAUGUUUCCAGGGCAGGAUCCAUACCUGUGGGACAACAGGUACGCCGCCAUGAAGGAAUUGACUAAGGAGCUCGCCAAAACGGACUUUUGGACUGCUCGUCCUGCUGAUGCUGUACCAGAAGAUUUCGAAUUGAAUGAAGAACAUGAAGGUAAUGAUGAUCUCGCUACUCUGGCCGGCAGCCCUGAGUUUCGUCCUGAGGAUGAUGAGGAGGCGGAGCCAGUUGACCCCCUUGAUACAGUACAACAGUUUGAGCGCACCACUCAAACCAGGUUCCGUGAGGAAUGCAAACUUGACAACUACAAGGUGAACACCAUCAACAACUGGGUGUCUCAGAAGGUUGGCAAAGAAAAGAUGGCUCAGGUCCGAUUGGCAGGUUCAGAGUUGGCCGCAGCCAUAGAACGACUCCCCGCAGGGAACCGUCCAGCCGUGGACGCUAUCGCAGUCCAAUGGGGACUACCAGUCAGUGCUGCUGCCAAGCUCAAUGAGAGAUCCUUGUAUCAGUUGAUCGCCACCUGCUAUGUGUUAGGACAGGAGUGA